CGUAGAACCACCCCUAUCUACUUAGGAAAAGCCAACAAUCCUGUUCUUUUGCAAUAUCAACCACUAUUAUUGUAAGGGCUUCCCCCACCCAAGAGGCCACUUGGCUCCUCUCUCUCUCUCUCUCUCUCUCUCUCCCCGAAGGCAGUUUCCGGCCAAACACUCCAGCCUUCCGGCAUUCCCGAGCAGGAGCAGGUGAAAAUGGCACAGAUUUUGGCUCCCUCAACGCAAUGGCAGAUGAGGAUCACAAAGAAUCCCGCAAAUGCAAGUCCUAUGACAGCAAAGAUGUGGGGUUCUCUGUUAUUGAAACAGAACAAGAAAGGCUCAUCUAAAAGCUCAGGUAAGUUUCGGGUUUUUGCUCUGAAGUCUGAGAACAGCACUAUCAACAGGCUAGAAAGUCUGCUAAAUUUGGAUCUCCCUCAAUAUACCGACAAAAUCAUUGCUGAAUACAUUUGGAUUGGAGGGUCAGGAAUUGAUCUGCGUAGCAAGUCAAGGACAAUUUCCAAGCCCGUUGAGCAUCCAUCUGAGCUUCCCAAGUGGAACUAUGAUGGAUCAAGUACUGGUCAAGCUCCGGGUGAAGAUAGUGAAGUAAUUAUAUACCCUCAAGCAAUUUUUAGGGACCCUUUCCGUGGCGGCAACAAUAUCUUGGUAAUAUGUGAUGCAUACACGCCAGCAGGUGAGCCUAUCCCAACAAACAAACGACACAGGGCUGCUGAGGUCUUCAGUAACAAGAAGGUUGUAGAUGAGGUUCCAUGGUACGGGAUAGAGCAAGAGUACACCUUACUUCAAGAAAACGUGAAAUGGCCAUUAGGUUGGCCUGUUGGAGGCUAUCCUGGUCCUCAGGGUCCUUACUACUGUGGUGCAGGGGCAGACAAAUCAUUUGGCCGUGACAUAUCAGAUGCUCAUUACAAAGCUUGCUUGUAUGCUGGAAUUAACAUCAGUGGUACAAAUGGGGAGGUUAUGCCUGGCCAGUGGGAGUAUCAAGUAGGACCUAGUGUGGGAAUUGAAGCUGGAGAUCAUAUUUGGUGUUCCAGAUACAUUCUCGAGAGAAUUACAGAACAAGCUGGUGUUGUUCUCUCACUCGAUCCAAAACCAAUAGAGGGUGAUUGGAAUGGUGCCGGAUGUCACACCAAUUACAGUACAAAGAGCAUGAGGGAGGAUGGAGGCUUUGAAGUUAUAAAGAAGUCGAUUCUGAAUCUGUCACUUCGCCACAAAGAGCAUAUCAGUGCCUAUGGAGAAGGAAAUGAGAGAAGAUUAACAGGAAAGCAUGAAACAGCUGACAUUAACACAUUUUCUUGGGGAGUGGCUAAUCGUGGUUGCUCCAUCCGUGUUGGACGUGAAACUGAGAAGCAAGGCAAAGGCUACUUGGAAGAUCGGCGUCCAGCUUCAAAUAUGGACCCUUAUGUUGUGACCUCGCUACUGGCAGAAACUACAAUAUUAUGGGAACCAACACUGGAGGCUGAAGCUCUAGCUGCUCAGAAGCUAGCAUUGAAUGUUUGAAGUUGAUUGGUUCGACAUAAGCUGAAGGCAUUUAAGAAGGAAAUCACUGGGAAUCAGUAAAUCCACAUGCGGGGAAGCUUUUUCCCUUCUAAAUUUCUUAGUGUUGAUUGUUGUCAAUAAGGGACCUAGAAGUGAGUGGUUGUUCAUGCCCAUGCUCGUACAUUAGUUUCUCAGAUGGAAGACUGCCUUGCGCACCAGAAUUGCAUCAUGAAUUAGAUCGGCAGCUUAUAAGCAUUUUUCCUUUGGAUGUAUGCACCUUUAAGUUCCCAGAAUCAGUUCUUCUAUAAUGACAAUAUGCUCUUAAUUUUCAUACCAUAAAGAUUGUGGACCUAUCUUUAGCCA